AUGUCUUUCAAUUACCAAGGCCAAAUACCCCCCGGCAAAGGCUUCACCAUCGCCCACCCUGCCGGACAAGAGGCUACAGUCACAAAGGACAACACUCUAAACGGCACCUACCACAGCAACUUCACCCGUCUCCAAGCACAGAGAAUCCAGCCUCUUCCACUGAAGAUUGUCAACAACUUUGAUGGCGGACCCAUCAAUGCCUACAUCCAAGGCCUCGACUCCCGGGGCGCUGUCGUCUUCAUCACCGCCAACGGCACCCUCAUCUAUCCCAGCUCUCAUGCCUCUCGAUUGCCCCGCAAAAUUGAGCACAACCUCGCGAUUCCCCUCCCACGCAAAGGCAAAUCUCUCAACAUGAAGAUUCCCAUCCCGCUCUCUUCGGGAAGAGUCUACUUCUGCCAGGGAAACCUCAGCUUCUUCAUGCUUGACACGGGCUUUGGCGAUGGUCUCGUCCAGCCCUCCGUCACGAACAUGGACGACCCCAGCGCGUCCCUCCACUGGGGCUUCAUCGAACUCACUUACACGGCCGCCGGCACUGUCUACGCAAAUAUCAGCUACGUCGACUUCGUCGGCCUCAUUCUCAGCAUGAUUCUCUCCACCAAGGAUGAUCCCGACAAGCCACAGAUUACUCGCGGCCUCCGCUCCGACGCAGUUCAGGCCCUAUGCGAUGGUCUUUGGAACCAGACGACCGUCGAUGGUCACUCCUGGCUCGGCCUCUGCGUUGUCGACCAGAACGCGCGCCCCAUCCGAGUCUUGUCCCCAAACUACUACCACCGCCUCCAUCAAUCUGCCUUCGAAGACUACUGGAACAGCUACGUCGACAAAGUCUGGCGUCACUACUCUUACAAGCCCCUCACCAUCGACACCCAGACACCCGCCGGCGCCGUCAAAUGCAGAGUCAUCAACAACAUCCUGCGCUGCCAAAACGACACCCGCGGUUACUCGCGUCCCCUGGCAACCGACAUCUGGGGCUGCGACAGCGGUCCCUUUGGCCGCGUCAACGGCGACAACGACAUUCACAUUGCCGUGAUACCGCGUCUUUGCGCGGCGUUUGUCCGGUCGACGCUGCUCAUUCCGGGGGGAGAUGUGCAGCCUAGCUUGAACUCUUCGCAUCAUUACACGGUGAGCCCGACGCAUCAUUAUAGUCGGCUUGUGCACGAGCUGCAGGUUGAUGGGAGGGGAUAUGCGUUUUCGUAUGAUGAUGUGAAUCCUGAUGGGACGGAGGAUGCUUCGGGGCUUGUUGCCUCGGGGAAUCCGGAUACUUUGACGGUGUAUGUUGGUUCUCCGCCUACAGAUUGA